CAUGCAUAGCUCCUGCAACCUCUGGGCGACUGCGCUGUCCCCACUGCUGCUGCUGCUGACUGCUGCUGGCCCCACCUCAGCCCUCACGGAGGAUGAGAAGCAAACCAUGGUGGAGCUUCACAACUUCUACCGUGCCCAGGUGUCCCCCCCAGCCUCAGACAUGCUGCAGAUGAGGUGGGACGACGACCUAGCCGCCUUCGCCAAGGCCUAUGCGCAGAAAUGCGUGUGGGGACACAACAAGGAGCGCGGGCGGCGCGGGGAGAACUUGUUCGCCAUCACCGACGAGGGAAUGGACGUGCCGCUGGCCGUGGGGAACUGGUUUGAGGAACGCGAACACUACAACCUCAGCACCGCCACCUGCGAUCCGGGCCAGAUGUGCGGCCACUACACUCAGGUAGUCUGGAGCAAGACGGAGAGGAUUGGCUGUGGUUCCCACUUCUGUGAGUCGCUCCAGGGAGUGGAAGAAGCCAACAUCCAUUUGCUGGUGUGCAACUAUGAGCCUCCGGGGAACGUGAAGGGGCGCAAGCCCUACCAGGAAGGGACUCCUUGCUCCCAGUGCCCCGUUGGCUACAACUGCGAGAACUCUCUCUGUGAGCCCACAAGAAACCCGAAAGAGGAGCAGGAUUCUCCUCCACGGGUGACUGAGGUCCCUUCCAUCACCCGGGCAACAGAAGCCCCAAGCUCCAGGGAAACCGGUACUCCGUCCCUAGCAACCUCUGAGACUCUACGUUUCUCCUCGGUAACAAAGGUCUCGGACUCCCAGGCAACCGAGUCCUCACCUGUGGUAGAAACAAAAGCCCCAUCUUCCUUAGCAACGGAAGGCCCCUCCUCCAUGGCAACAGAGGCUCAAUCUUUCCCGACCGAGGUCCCCUACGUUUCCACAACGCACACUCAGCCCUCAAUGGAUGAAGGGCCAGUUAACUUCCUCACAUCAGCGCAUAUCCCUGUCCCCAAAUCUACGGACAAAGAAGGCAGCAAGUCGAGCGCAACCUCCGUGAGCCCAGAGAAAUCUCUGUACCCUAAGAUGUCCCUGACACAGACAGGAGAGUCCCUACCCCAGGCCCAGGAGGAGACUGAGGCAGAUGCUGAGUUGCCCGAAGCAGAGGCAGAGUUGCCCGAGGCAGAGAUUGAAUUGCCUGAGGCAGAGGCUGAAAUGCCUGAGGCAGAGGCUGAAUUGCCUGAAGCAGAGGCCCGGUUGCCUGGGGCAGAGGGCGAAUUGCCUGAGGCAGAGGCCGAGCUGCCCGUUUCCAGUGAGGUGGCGGUCCCAGUUCUUCCAGCCCAGGAGCAUGGUGGGCCGCAGGCCUCACUGGACCACUCGGGCGCCCCUGCCUUCACGUCCCUGCCCAACUUCCCCAGUGCCUCUGCCGCGGCUAAUGCCACAGGUGGGCGCACCUUGGCCCUACAGUCACCCUUGACAGGUAAGGCCCGCAGCCCCUCCUUCCCUUCCUGGCUGGUGUCCUGUGCCGGCUUGGAUUUGGAGAAUUCUGGCCACGUUCAGGGCCCUUUCCUGGGACUGCUGCUGCCUCCUUUGCUGUUGAGUGGAAUAUUCUGA